AUGUCGUCGGUUUCAUCGAUACCGAGCUCAAGGCGAUCCUUCUCUUCUUCUAGUUCUUCGAUAAUCUCUAUUAUCUAUCUGUUUCUCAUUUCCUCUGCCUUUGCUGCCUCAAACCAUGAAGCCUCACUUCUCUUCUCUUGGCUGCACUCCUCUUCUACUUCUUCUUUGUCUUCUUCAUCUUCCUUCUCCAGUUGGAACAUUCUCGACUCUAAUCCAUGUAACUGGUCCUCCAUAACAUGUUCCCCAAGUGGUUUUGUCACAGAAAUCACUAUCCAAUCCAUCUCUCUUGAGCUUCCAAUCCCAUCUAAUCUUUCCUCCUUUCCCUCCCUUAGAAAACUCGUCAUCUCCGGCGCUAAUCUCACCGGAAAACUCCCCUCCGACAUCGGUGACUGCACUGAGCUACAAGUCAUUGACCUCAGCUCAAACUCACUCGUCGGUUCCAUUCCUUCAUCCAUUGGAAGACUUCAAAAUCUCCAAGACUUGAUUCUCAACUCAAACCAGCUAACUGGGAAAAUCCCAGCUGAGUUAAGCAACUGCAUUGGCCUAAAGAAUCUUGUCAUAUUCGAUAAUCAGUUUUCCGGCAAUAUCCCGCCGGAUGUCGGGAAAAUGGCCGGUCUUGAAGUGCUGAGAGCAGGAGGGAACAAAAACAUUGGUGGGAGGAUUCCUGAUGAGCUUGGAGACUGCACCAACUUGACUGUUUUGGGCUUGGCUGAUACUCAAGUUUCGGGUUCUUUGCCGGCCUCUUUGGGUAAGCUUACCAAGCUUCAGACGCUGUCUAUAUACACUACAAUGAUCUCUGGUGAGAUUCCUGCUGAGAUAGGUAACUGUUCUGAGCUUGUGAACCUGUUUCUUUAUGAAAAUAGUCUAUCCGGUUCGAUUCCACCGGAGCUCGGUAGGCUUAAGAAGCUUGAGCAGUUGUUGUUGUGGCAGAAUAGUCUUGUUGGGGUGAUCCCUGAAGAGAUUGGGAAAUGUAGUUGUUUGAGGAUGAUUGAUUUUUCAUUAAAUUCUUUGUCUGGUACUAUUCCAUUGUCUCUAGGAGGGUUGUCAAACCUUGAGGAGUUUAUGAUUAGUAACAACAAUGUCACUGGUUCAAUACCUUCCAGUCUUUGCAAUGCAACGAAUUUGAUUCAGUUGCAGCUUGAUACGAAUCAGAUAUCCGGUUUGAUUCCACCGGAGAUUGGGAAGUUGUCUAAGCUGACUGUGUUCUUUGCUUGGCAAAACCAGCUUGAAGGAAGCAUUCCUUCAUCUUUGGCUAGUUUGAGUAGUCUUCAAGCUCUAGAUUUGUCACACAAUUCACUCACUGGCAGCAUACCUUCUGGCUUGUUUCAGCUGCAAAACCUCACAAAGAUUCUCUUGAUUUCUAAUGAUAUUUCGGGCUCAAUACCACCUGAAAUUGGUAAUUGCAGCUCUCUUGUAAGGCUGAGGCUGGGAAAUAACAGGAUUACUGGUGGGAUUCCUAGAGGCAUUGGAAAUCUCAGAAGCUUGAAUUUUCUUGAUGUUUCAGGGAAUCGACUUUCUGGGUCAGUUCCUGAUGACAUUGGGAGUUGCACAGAGCUACAAAUGAUAGACCUCAGCAACAAUACUCUGGAGGGUCCCCUGCCUAAUUCAUUGUCAUCGUUGUCAGGACUUCAAGUCUUGGAUGUCUCCGUUAAUCAAUUUUCGGGCCAGAUACCAGCAAGCUUGGCUCGGCUUGUUACUUUGAACAAGCUUAUUCUAAGUAGGAACUCAUUCUCUGGAUUAAUACCUGCAUCACUUGGCCUAUGUUCAAGUCUGCAAGUGCUUGAUCUUAGCAGCAACAAGCUCAGUGGCAACAUUCCUGUGGAGCUUGGAAAAAUUGAAAACCUUGAAAUUGUUCUAAAUUUGAGUUGCAAUGGACUUUCUGGAUCAAUCCCACCUCAACUAUCAGCACUCAACAAGCUUUUUGUACUAGACCUUUCGUAUAACCAGCUUGAAGGGGAUUUGAGUCCACUCUCUUCUGGUCUUAACACUCUUGAGUCUCUAAAUGUGUCUCACAACAACCUUGUUGGCUAUCUUCCAGACAACAAGCUUUUCAGACAACUGUCUCCAAUGGAUUUAGCUGGAAACGAAGGCCUUUGUUCUUCAAACCGGGACUCGUGUUUCUUGAGUGAUGUUGGCAGGUCAGGAUUAUCAAGGAACCAAAAUGAUGUAAGGCGGUCAAGGAGGCUUAAGCUGGCAAUUGCAUUGCUGAUCACCUUGACAGUAGCAAUGGUUGUUAUGGGAAUAAUUGCAGUGAUUCGAGCGCGAAGGACUAUUAGGGAUGAUGAUGAUUCAGAAUUGGGGAGCUCAUGGGCAUGGCAAUUCACUCCAUUCCAGAAGCUAAAUUUCUCGGUUGACCAAGUGCUUAAGAGCCUAGUGGAUACCAAUGUGAUUGGAAAAGGGUGUUCAGGGGUUGUCUAUCGAGCUGAUAUGGACAAUGGUGAAGUCAUUGCAGUGAAGAAGCUCUGGCCAACUACAGUUGCUGCAGACAAUGGAUAUUGCAAGGAUGAAAAAUGUGGAGUUCGUGAUUCGUUCUCAGCAGAGGUCAAAACACUCGGUUCAAUCCGUCACAAGAAUGUUGUGAGGUUCUUGGGUUGUUGCUGGAAUCGGAACACAAGAUUGCUGAUGUAUGAUUAUAUGCCUAAUGGAAGCUUGGGUAGUGUUCUCCAUGAGAGGACAGGACAUGCCUUUGAGUGGGAACUUAGGUACCGAGUUCUGUUAGGUGCAGCUCAAGGCAUUGCCUACUUGCACCAUGAUUGUGUUCCUCCAAUUGUUCACAGAGAUAUCAAAGCCAAUAACAUCCUCAUUGGCCUUGAGUUUGAGGCUUACAUUGCUGAUUUUGGUCUUGCAAAACUUGUUGAUGAGGGAAAUUUUGCUCGAUCAUCUAAUACAAUUGCUGGUUCGUAUGGCUACAUUGCUCCUGAAUAUGGAUAUAUGAUGAAGAUUACAGAGAAGAGUGAUGUUUAUAGCUAUGGUGUAGUUGUAUUGGAAGUUUUAACAGGGAAGCAACCAAUAGAUCCGACAAUACCAGAUGGUCUACAUGUAGUGGAUUGGGUGAGACAGAGACGAGGAAACGCUGAAGUCCUAGACCCAAGCCUACUAUCAAGACCAGAAUCAGAAAUAGGGGAAAUGAUGCAAGCGUUAGGCAUAGCCUUGUUAUGUGUAAACUCAUCCCCAGAUGAAAGGCCAACAAUGAAAGAUGUAGCUGCAAUGCUCAAGGAAAUCAGGCAUGAAAGGGAGGAGUAUGCCAAGGUAGAUGUGCUUCUCAAAGGGUCUCCGGCAAAUGAUGCUGCUCGAGACAUUAAGAACUCUGCUGGAGUUUUGGCAACAUCAUCAACAUCUGCAGCAGCGACGAAAAGCUUAUAUACUAAAAGCAACAACACAAGCUUUUCUGCAUCCACUCUUCUUUACUCAUCUUCUUCCUCUAGUGCCAAAGGUUUCAAGUGA